AUGGAAAUUGCCAAAGCGGAAGCGGAGCUGAAAAAGAAUGAGAGUGCUGGGGAACCGGUACCUACGGACUUCGUUGUACGAUACGCUUCCGUCUCUCAUGAAGCCCUGGUAUCCCUUGCGACCGAUUCGGAUGGCAUGAAGACUCUCUUGGGCCCAUUACCCGAAGGAUUUGAGAUGCCCAAGCCACAAGCUGGACCAAGUGACAAGACCUCUGUUACCGACCCAGAUGUAUCAGCAAAGCCUGCCACUAUUACAGACAGCGGUGCGCCACCUCUCGCAGACCAGGCAGGAGAACCUGCAGCUUCGGAAGAACCACAGCCUAAGGUAGAAGAAAUGGAUAUUGAUACAGCGCAUCUGCCCAUACCAACUGUUGAGCACGCCGAACAGAAGGAUGAGACGGGAGACGUGGACAUGGAUGACGCGGGACAAAGCAGAAAUGGUCUGCCCACAUCGGAGCCUGAUUCAACCGUGAUGAAUGGUACACCUGGAGAAGCCGCACAUCAUCUGCUACCCCCUGGAUUCGAACAACCUCCAACAGGGCUCAGUACCCCGACUCAGAUGGAGAUGGAGGAUGAUGACGAUGAGACCGAGAUCGAGGAGAUUGAUUAUGCCACUAUCGAAACUGUCCGACAGUACAUGAAGACACCUCCAAUUGACGAACUUCCCCACUAUCAAUGUCGGCCUUGGUUCAGAGACAGGCAAUUUAUGAAGUCUCUCGACCCGUCCCCCGACGUACACGCAUUUGUCGCCAGCCUUAUGCGCGACAGCGCAAUUGUCACCAUGGCUGCUCAGGAAGAAGCCAGGCAAGAAUACUCUGAAGACUACGAGAUGUAUCUCCGCUUCACGCUCUCCGAAGACCCUAUUGCUGUGAAAAGCCGCGACAAAUUCUCCACUGGGAAUCCAAACGGAGACUUCACCGCACCGCACCCUGCUAGCCAUGAGGGCAAACCGGAAGGUCGACGUACGGGUAGAUUUGCGACCGAACGUGAUCUCGAGCGGGCCCUCCAAGAGUCUCUUCAGGCAGAGAACGAGAGGCGGGAGCGGGAGGAGCGUGCGCAGAAGGAGAAGUAUCGCAGCGAGAAGGAGGCUGAGAUUCCAGACAUGUACUGGAGUAUCGAAGAACGUGAGAAGGAUCUCUUUAUCGAUCACUCUGGGUUCCUUCCCCCUGAACGCCUCGUUGCGACCUGGCAGGUUCUUCCACCUGUGGCAAACUUCACUGAGGAGGAGGCAGAGCAGUUUGAGAAAGCAUAUCUUGAGUUCCCAAAGCAGUGGGGUAAGAUUGCAGAGAAUAUUCCGACCAGGGAUUUCCACUCUUGCAUUCAGUACUACUAUAUAAAGAAGAAGGAUCUCAAUCUCAAGGAGAAGCUCAAGAAGCAGCCUAGAAGACGGAAGAAGGGUGGCCGUGGCAAGCAGCGGUCUAGUGCACUGGUGACUGAAGUCCUUGGCAUCGGCGACGAAAACACCGAGGAGAAUCAUGAGACUGGCGAGAAUGGAGAGCGCCGGCGCCCACGAAGAGCGGCCGCACCCACCUUUGGUCCCAAUCAUCAUGAGGCAACACCUGCUGCUGAUUCUGAUGGUACUGCUACACCCGGCAGACGGCACGCAGGAGCGAAGAAUGAUAGCGGUACUGAGAAGAUCGACAGAAGGAGAAGACGUGGCAGAGAGAAGGAACCUAAACAGGCUAAGCCGGCCCAGACUCUGGCUCCUACGCCAGCGGUUGCCGCCAAAGCAAACAGGUCUCGGUCCAACUCCAGAGCUCAAGGCCCAGAAUUCUUGUCGCCUCAGACACCUGCAGACUUGGGACGUUAA